AUGUCUUUCAAAAGAGAUGGAAAUGAUACAAAUUUGCUGAAAAAUCUUCAGCACAGAAGAGUUAUUGAAAUAUUGGGAGAUUAUAUUCCCAAUGAUGAAGCAUUACUACUGAGUAAUGGAAAACUUACUUGUACAGUUUGUUCGAAAAGACCUAUAUUUGACACAAUUCAAAUGCUAUCUUUGCACAGAAAAGGAAAGAAACAUUUAUUUGAGUUAAGUUUGUACCUACAGCAAAAAGGAGAUUUAGAAUAUAAACAGGCAAAACAAACUCAAAAAAGUUUUCUUAAGACUGAUCAAAUAUCGAUUGAAGCUGACACGACAUCAUCUGCAAACAUGAUAGGAUGCCCUAAAAGUAUAUCGAAAAGAAAAAGAUUGGGGGGAUUAAUGGGGAGAAAAUUUGUUUUGGAUAUAACAGAAUCUUGUGCCAAAAUAAAAAACAGUUUUAAACCACCCACAGUAGUGACAUCUUCUGCUAAUUCACAAGUUCGAAAAUAUUUAAAAAGUUUAUAUAGAAAAGAAUCGUUAGAAAAAACCGUACACAAAUUACGUGAAAAUUAUGGUGUUAAAAAUUGUCAGAGUAAAAUAUGUUCCCCUGAAAAAUUAGAUGUUAAAAAAGGAGAAGAUAAAAUUGAUAAUUCAUCAAAAAACAGACAAGAUGUUAAUUAUCACUUGAAACUAUUCGAAUCUGGUUGGAUACAAGAUUCGAAUGGAAAAUGGAUAAAAGAUCCGAAUGUGGAAUUUGAUUCAGACGAAGAAGAACCUCCAAAAUUUUUUAAUUAA